AAAUAGAAAUUAAGAGAAAGAUAUAUUUAAUAAUUAACUCCAAUGUUAAAAGAUUGCGGAAAAAGAUGAUGUUCAAUGAAAUAGAAACAAUCGAUUCUCUCCCUAUCGAAGAGUCCAUAGAUAAAAGAAAGGUCAGGAGUCUAAUACACCAGAUAUUUAGAUGUAAUGCUGUCUGACGCGUAUACCUUUUAAGACAAAAUAUCUAAUUUAUCGUCUACUUGAUCUAAACUUUGAUGAAGAACAUUAUUCCGGAUUAGCAAACGAUGAAGAUUUAAAAUAUAGUAAAAAUAUUCGAAUGCUUUCGAGUUUCUGCGCAAAGAAUACGUUGAAAUAUUAACGACAAAGUAUUGUUGCCGCAUGAUUGGGUCAAUUUCGGAUUUGUAACGAUUCUAUUCGUCCGUCAAUAUAAUUCCCCUGAGUUUCAUUUUCCCAAUGUUGCGUCGAUAAACUGUAUAGCGAUAACGCUUAUCGUGCCAACGUGCCGCUUUCUUUAUUGCGCUCUACCGUUUCUCGCAAAGGAAUUGUGGCAUAACAUCUUUAAUAAAUAAAUCGCACGUCGAUUUCAUUCAGUCAUUCUGAGAUUUUUCCACAAAUGCGAAAAUCCAUACGUACUUCCACCACGCAUUUAUCACUAAAUAUAGCUCCAUCUGAUACGUAUCGACGAUAUAGUAAACGCGGUCUUCAUGUGUGUUUAGCCUUGUGUUAUCAUAAUAUCACUAUUACUGACGUUGACAAAAUUAGAUCAAAUUUGACGCCAGCUGACGUCAUUCUUCAUAGAAUAUAAACGAACGAAUAUUUUUAGACCAUAGAAGAUAUACAUAUUAUUCAAUUCAAAGAAAUGUUUAUUUGAAAAAAUUGCAAAUGCAUACAGUAAUCAAAUUAUACAUUUACGUUUUAACAGUCGUGUAAAUAAUCAAAACUUUCCCGUAAAAUCUGAAUCGAAAGAGUUACACGCGAACGAGCUAGAUAGUAAAUACUUUUAGCUGGCAUAUGGUUGUAAAAGUCGGGCAAUAAGGGCCGACAUUUACUGGCAUCAUACCGCUCUCGCGACGGACUUUCGCUUUAGCGAGACCUUACACUACUUACACUUUUUGCAUCGGAAACUUCGCGAAAGCCAUCUAAGUUAUCCGCGUUAUACCCAAUGCGCGCUUCUUACGUGCCUCCACUCAACUUUACCGGUAAUACUUAUCAACGUUGAGAUACGCUUGACGUUUCACGGCGACAACUCGAACGUAAAGUUUGCCGGUGUAUAGCCCCAACGGGACCGACGAGCGGGGGUGGUCUCUCCUUUCCGGAGUCACGCCCGGCUGCCUUAUAACGCUUUCAUCUACUUAUUGCCGCUCUCCCGCUUUGUAUCUCGCCCGCUAUCACUCGCUCUGCACAUUUCUUUGACACGUUUCCCAAAUUCGCUGUCAAACGGGGAGCAAUGACGGUGAUGAGUUUGACGCCACCCUCCCGGACGGAUCCCUCAAAACUCCUCCGUCAAUGUCACCGGAAUUCCGCCUCGCCGCUUUCGAUUCUUUGGUUCCUUCCGCUCGAAGGCGCUCCAACCCCGCGAGAUUUGCCGGCUAAGAUUUCUCCUUUGUCCCUUUGCUCCGCAGCCGAUCCAAUUUGAUACCGCCAUUACGCUAAUUGAAGUGCCAUACCGUUCGACAUUGUCGCGCUGACGAUGAAACUUCGAAAGUUUUCCAACGAUUGAACUGAUAUCGUUCUUUCGCGAAGAAAAUACGAGUUAAAAAGUGAAAUGGGGCAGUGUCCGGUAUUAUUUUUACGAAUAGAAUUCGAGUGAAUGCAUUAAAAGUACGCAGACUUUCCUCUUCCCUGAAACAUCUUCUCUAAAGACGAUUAAAGACAUUACUUCGCUUUUACUACAGAGAAUUUCAAUAAUUUUUUGAAUUAUUUAAUUAAUAACAGAUAAAACUACAAAUAAAAUUUAACCAUUAUUCUCGUACAUGCUACACAUAUACUUUUGAAAAAAAUCACCACAGCACUCUAUACAAAAACACACACCAUUAUAAAAUUCUGUGUCUGUCACACAAUAAGAAAUAUUUCUAAAUUUGAAAUAUAUUGAAAUAUAUUAGAAAUUGGAUAUCGAUAUAGAUACAGUAUCGGAGCACAAAUCAGCAAAGUUCGAGACCCAAAUAGAUAUUCCGUGCUUUCCAAUACAAGAUUAUUCUUAUAUCUAGCAUGUUCAUCUGUACGAAGCGGCUGCCCGAGAGCUUCAUUUGCCACUUCAUAUAUCGAGUGUCGACUCCCCGACAUCCUAGAUCGUUUCGCGCGUCUUCGAUUUCCUCCCGAUCUGUCACUCGCUGUCGCGCCAGUGUUCGCCAUAAAUGAGAUCGAUCAAUCGUUCCGCUCGAUAAAUAUGAAAAAUACCAUCACGGUCGUAUACUUGCAGCUAAUGUUCCGGAGAUCGAGAAAUCUGAAAACGUUUAAGGAACCAUGACUAUAUGCAUACUCGUAAACUUUGUGAAGCAAGUGAAGUGAAUUGUACGGGUUUGAUAAAGGUCUCGAAUAAUUGAAGGGACACAAACCGCGUAGAAAUGGCAGGUACAUGAAGAUACGUCGUAUUAAAAUUUGAAGUUAACGAGCCUAACAAGAAAGUGGAUUUAUUGUUAUGAAACAAUGAAAAGACAUCAUUUGUACGCUUAAUGAAUAUAUACGGGUCUUAAGGAAAGGACAGGAGAAAGUGAGAAGAAAAGAAGAACAAAGGAUAGGGAGUCGACAAGGAAGGCAAAAGGCGACUAAUUAAAAGGUGAAAUGGAAACUUGUUAACAUGGAACAAAAAAAAAUAAAGAAAACUUAGUAGCAAACAGAUAGACAUCAGUGAGACGAGAAGACGAGGCUAUGUUAUACGUUGGAAACAAAGAGUAUAAAAGAAAAGGAAAAGGAGAGACGUAGAUAAAGAAAAUUAGAAAAAAUUGCUAGAAGAAAACAAUUAUAUACACAGGUAUCCUUAGAGAAAAUAAAGAAAACGCGAGUUGAUGUAUAGAGCGCUAAAAGUGGAAAAAUCGAUGGUGGAAGAUUUAGGACCGGAAGCGGUAAAGUGCAGAAAUCUUGGUGAGAAGGAAAAAGAAAGAUAUUUGGCAGAGGUGAGAUUGAUGUUGAAGGGAAAGUGGGCGAAAGGAGAAGCUAGAUAAAUGAACUCACCGAGCGGAAAACUUCGCGAGGCCAAAAGGAGCGGGAAGGAUACGCGGGGCUUAAGUGAAGGAUAACCGCAAAAGGAAUGGUGCAUUCGAACCGGAGAUGAAUAGGAGGAGGAGAUGGAUUAAUGUGGAAUCGUCGCGUGUUCUCACUAAGAAACGAUAAAUAUAUGCCCACGCCACGAGUACAUCGGGAGAAGAGGAGAAACUUCAGCGAAGCUUACCUCGCUUAUCAUCGUGCCGCGAACGAUGGCGAACGAUCGUUCGCGGGUGAGCAGCUUCGGAACGGCCGAUUCACUUUAAAACGCACGUGCUUCUGUCGAGAUCGUGCGGCACGUCGAAGGGAUACAUGAAACGCGAAUCGCAUCGGCCACGAAGUGUCCGCGCGAGUGAUAAGCCGCCCCGAUCAUCCGUUCUUGACGAUCGCAUCGACGGUUUGACAAAAACGCGACAGACUCUAUCGUAAAUUUCUUGAAUUUGACCACGUGUAUUGUGUUCAGGAAUAUAGGACAGCGGAAGGAUCUCAGAAAGGGGACUUAAGAAGAGACUUAUUAGGAUAACACACUAUUUGUCCGGAACGUAUUUUUACUGCCGAUUCAUGAUUUGAAAAAAAAGCAGGGUUUAGUCUUCGUCGUCGUAUCAUCAUCGAUCCCCAACGACUCGUCAACGUAAACGUAUAUCUUUGUUCUCAUAGUGUAGUGCAAUCUCUCGUUCUCGUCGAUGCGGCGGGAACUACGACGGAAGUGGCAGGGAGUGGAAGCGAUACCAAAAUCGAACGCGGGGUGCUGCCGCGCGAUCUACGAGUUUUGUGGCGCGUGGUGGUGAUCAUCCCCCGUUGUGAGUUGCCUCGGUUAGUGUCUUCCGCGACUUGGGGGGUCGCGUCUGAGACUCGCCGUCGCAACAUGGGCUGCGAACUUAGUAAACUGGCCGGCACGAAAUCGCGCAAUCAAGCCGGAAACGAUGGCUCGUCGCCGCCGCCGCCGCCGCCGGCCGCCACGGAUCCUCGGCUUCCGCUCACGGCUAGGCAAAAAUUUACGGUUAUCGCCAGCUGGAAAGCGGUCUCUAGGGCAUUGGAGCCCACGGGUAUAUACAUGUUUAUAAGGUUAUUUGAAGAGAACGCGGAAUUGCUAAAUAUGUUCACGAAGUUUCGGGAGCUAAAGACAAAGGAGCAGCAGUCUACGAGCAUGGAACUGGCCGAGCACGCGAAAACGGUCAUGUCCACCCUCGACGAAGGUAUCAAGAGCCUGGACGACAUGGAUGCGUUCCUGACGUACCUUCACGAAGUCGGGGCCUCUCACACGAAGAUCCCCGGCUUCAACCGGCAAUAUUUCUGGAAAAUCGAGAAGCCGUUUCUGGAUGCGGUGGAACGCACGCUGGAGGACCGAUAUUCGGAGAACGUGGAGAAUAUCUACAAGCUGACGAUCAAGUUCAUCAUCGAGACGCUGAUCGACGGCUUCGACAAGGCACAGAGCGAAAAAGCCAAGUCCUAGUCGUCCCGAGGAUCCGGCACGCACGCGAUCGCCCUCGAUCCUGCAAGAUGUUGACCGCCCCCCCGGAUCGGCUUGGUCCCCCCUUCAACGUCUGGAACGGGAGAAAGCCAGCCACCGCCGUCGAAUCUUGAGAAGACGACGACGAGGACAAUUGUCGUCCUUGCGUUGGUUCACGUCGCUGCUACGUUUCUCCGCGGAUUCCUGAGAAACAAGCGAAAUGCGAGCGCGUGGCGUUUUACGCCGUCGCCCUCGCCGGCCUGAGAUCUUUUUCCUUCCCCUCGAGCGGGUCUCGCCAUUAAACGUCUCCGAAUAUUAAGAACAUGAUCCCGAAUCUGCUCUUCGGGAUCUCUUCGCAAAAGCCGCGCCAUAAUGCGAAGCGAAAGAGCCGCGCGGCUCUCCCGACGGUCGAAGGGUUCUUUCUUAUCUGUUUUAUCUCAACUUGACUAACGAUUAAUGUUGAUUGAAUUAUUCUAUUAUAGACACGUAAACGCGAGUCUAAUUAAAUGACACGAAAGUCCAAAAAACGUAUGAAAAUGUCUAAAAACAUUUGAAGUUUCCGAUCUCUUUUAGAUAUCUUCAUUUUUUAAACAAUGUUUGAGGAUAUAUUCAUAAGAAUGAAAAUGUGACAAAUGAUUUAAAACUUUUUUUUUUUCACAUUUAUAUAACAUGAAAAAUUGGAUUCGAAUUGCAAGUUAGUUAUAUCUUUUCAGGUAGCUUAUUUCAGGUAAUUUUGCAAACGUCAAUUUUAAUGGUAAGUUUAACUGAUUCUUCGCCUCCUUUUAAUGCCAGUUUCGACAAAGAGGCAAAGAGUAGUUAAACUAAGAUUAAAGCGUACCGACGGCAGUGAAACCAACCCGUAAGCGCCAUAAUUCGAAGUUUAUCUGGAAUCUACCGAGUAAUCGACCAACUUUUUAUGAACGGUGCUAAAACGCUCGUAGGGAAAUUGAUUCUCUGCAGAGAGAUUUGCUUUUGAAAUUUGUAAAUUGUGUGUUUUUUAUACAUGCAAAAUAUUGUCCGCGAAUGGACAAAUUCCGGGAGAUAAAAACAAAAACAUUCCGGGAAUGGAAUACGUGCUUUUGUGAAUUUAUCAAAUUCGUGCCACGGCAUCAAGAUACCUCAACUCGUUAAUAUUUGUUUUUGUUUUACCGGAGGUUUAUGUUUCAUCUUGCACAUGAAACGUAAUAAAUUGUAAAUGUACAGCAUUUUGUGGAAAAACGCUAGUCUUAACAUUCACUGGAUUCUCUUUAAACGAAUACAUCCUUCGAUGAAAAUGGAUCUCAAAGAGAUGAGUUCGAGUAUUUAAUUUUAUUUUUUGUUUCGCGCGUGUAUAAUAAGUAAACAUCUAUUUUUUCUAUUAUUUCUAUCUAUUUUUUAUAUCAUCCGCUAUUUCUCUUCAUAAAAAAUAGACUACCUUUAGUUUAAAUAUAUUUAACAGGAAUAAAACGUAAAGUGACACACGUCGUUAUUGAUCAGACACAAAAUUAGAAGGAAAGAGGGCGGAGUGUUUCUCUUCCACAAGAGAGACCGAUCUUAAGAGGUCUAAGAGGAUUACUAAUUGUAAAACGUAACUUUGGUCAUACCUUAAUAUGAUACCUUAACUAAUAAAGGUAGUAAAAUAAUUUGUUUUUUUAUGAAAUUUUAAUAUAAUAUAUAUUAAUAUCUUUUUAAGUUUUAAAAAAGCCGGUUAUAGAGUGUCGUUACGUUAAAUCGCUCAGCGCUAAUGUAAAGAACAACCUGAGGCAUUGAAAUGCAGAAAAAACCAUUAGAAAUUUAUAUAAAGGGGAAUAAGUCUAAUAUUUAAUAUUUGUACUGUUGUUAAAUUACGCAAAAUCAAACAGAUAGGAUUGACAUAUUUGAUUUGAAGAUAUACAUUUGACAUUUUUUUCAAUUAUGAUUUUUUUAUAAAGGUCAUGUUUUAUAUAAAGAUUAUAUGCUAUUUUUUUUAUAAAGGACAAUUACUUUCUCGAACUCUUAAUACGUGUAUAAAGAUGGAUAGUAAUUUUUAUACUUAUUUCUGAAUCGUAAUCAUGGACGUCUUUUGUAAUCGAGACUUUAUCGUGGUAUCUGAUAUCAUUAACUGUCGUCACGUCGAACGAUAUAUCCUUUGGAUGGUGUUGCUCUCACGCGAGAUCAUAAAAAUUUAAGAGCACGACGACGAAAACAAAAUCGCAUCACAAUAAUUUCUUUCAUUUUUAUGGAUUUUCUUAUUUUACUAUACUCACAAUCAGAUAAAACUAGGACAAAAUGUUAUAAAUGCAAUAUAUCAGGAUAUAUUUGAGCAUUAGUCUCAUUAUUCCUUGUUGAGACAGGUGCGUUUUAUUUUUUUAUAUUAAAAUUACUAUUUAAACCUUUUCUUUUGUGUGUGUAUAAAAAUUACACGUAAAAAAUAUAUUAACUCUCGCUGCCUACCUGCUUUAGAAUUUUAUAUUACCUACCUGGGAUCGUUUUUGACCCUACCUUGUAAUUCUUGAUUUUAUAUUUAAAAAAAUGAGUUUUUGACAUAUAAAUAAAAGAUAUAUUGUUUUAAAUAUAUAAAUAACAUUUUUAUUGAAAUCAAUAACAAAAAUAUAAAAUUGCUAUGAAAAUCAUUAUCUUUGGUAAUAAAACAGGAAAUAACGCCAUUUUUAGGUGCGUGGGGUCAAAAUAAACCCCAGGUGGAUGACGCAGAUUAAAGGCAGAUAAUGAGAUUUCAAGUCCUCGCCAUGAGGGGAUAGAUCGAAAUAAAAGUUCUUAUUACGAUACCAUUACAAGCAAAAUGAAGUUCGACCGACCGCUAAUAUUCGCACACAACGCCGGUUUUAAGGGUCUAUUACGUCGCAAGAGCUCUCAUUAACUUCUCAUGAGUGCCAUAAAAGCACCUAAUGCGUAUUCUUUCAUUAAACGCACUCGCACAUAAUUAACUAUGAAUUUACGGACAUUAAAUGAAAGAAAAGAUGCUUCCGUUCGGUUUUUUUUUCACGCGUUUUUUACGCCAAAGACUUUUUACGUUUAACCAUUAUUCAUUCUACUAAUAACGUUAAGCCGCUUUUACUCGCGUGGGAUGUAAAAUAGCCUGCAGCUUUUCAGAAGGUCAUAAAUCGCAGAAAAUUCAAUGAACCGCCAUAAGAUUUGCAUCGGUCUGCGUGUUGCAAAUCGCUCGCACUUUGAAAGACAUAAGUCGCUCAAAUCUGAAUCAUUUAGCACUAACCAAUGUUUGCGGAAAGGGCCUUAUAUGGCGCGCGUUUAUUUUAUAUCCGCAUUAAUCCGCGAGUGUCAAGGGUACGAGUUCAUCGGGAUCGAUUUCAUAUGCGUUUCCGACUUUCAAUAUGUGCUCAAUAAUUGAUACGAACGUGGUGGCAGCGGCGGCAAUGGCGGCCAGUCAAUCGACGUUGACUGUUGCCUUUUAUUCGCGACGGCCUUGGAUUACAUAAGUCACGCAGGAUACCCUCCCGCAAUGCGAGGCCGAAUGCAUGUGAAUGCAAAUGUCCAUUGUCUCGGAACGGGGUCGCGAUUUAAUCGUCAAAACGGCGUCGCCUCGCCCUCGCGAGCGUUAUAUUCCCGGCGUCCUCACGCGCAAUAAAAAUUUGUUUGUCUGAUUUCUCGCAGAAUUUGUCGUGCUUGUCGUAAACUUGGAACAUCGUUAAAAAUCUGUGUAAAAAUUUGAACUCGUCACGGAGUAACUAGGGGUUCUUCCGCGUGAUGUAAUACGCACUUAGAACUUUGAUACACCACGCGUGCGACGACUGACGUUUUAAUGAAACGGCAACCAGACGUUUUCACGUUGUUUUGUUGAUUUAACAGAUUUAACUUGUAAAAGGCAGUGACAGUACUACUGCAUUUCAUCGAUUUAAGAUCAAAUUUAACCGGUUGUUAAUAAACAGCUCAUUAAACGAGUAUAUUUGUCAAAAAUUGCGUUCAUAUUUCGCACAUUUCCAAUUGGACAUAGGAUUUUUCAGCUCUCGCGAAGUUUCUCAAAACUUGCGAUACUUGUCAAUUUUAAUUUUGUCACGCUUAUAAUAUUAACUCUUGUUUGCGUACAAUUCUUCUAUCUCGGAAUAAAUAAUCAAAUUAAAUUAGAAAAAUUUGAAAAACAUGUUUGUCACUAUUAUUGAAACAAACAGUGAUAGAAAUUUGUGUUACAUUAGUUAUACAAAAGUUCAUUGUCGAGAAAAGUUGCAUACAAAUAAUGCUUGAUAAUGCUCGACAACUUCUACGCUGUCCAAAAAUUGCAUUUCUUUUUUACGUUUGCUGCUGAUUGUGAGAUGUAUUUGAGAUUGCGUGUAAAUAGAGACAUUUACGUUUUAUCAUCCCACCAUCUCUAUGUUUCGUCGUAAAACAACACCAUAUCAAUGUAAAAGCACGCACAGUCUGCGUUUCUGGUUCGCGUUCGUCACGAGAUCGAUUGUGACGAUCGCAGAUGACAUGUAAAUGGAGAGAGGGACACGCGGAAAUUAUUGAUACUUUGAUCGAUCACAGGAUUGUCAUGGCAAGCGCGAACAUGAAUUAGAUUCUAAACGCCAAAGAGGAUAGCCGUUUAUAUAAACUCACGUUGAUUCCAUCAAUCUUCCACCCUGAAUUUCUUCGCGACUAAAAUGCAUUUGAAUGAUCGAUAACAAUCCAUUAUACCUUAUUUUCAUCAUUUAUCGUUACUAUUACUACGCGUUCCAGUAUCUAGCAAUUUUCAAUUUUUCGCUCUUUUUCUUUUUUGAAAGAAUCCGUUUGUAAAGAGCAUUCACUCAUCUUUGUAACUUUUUACUCUGUACUUUGCACUUUGCUCUCUCUUAUUUCUAGCGGGAGUUCAAAAUAUAAAGUGAGAAACUGAAAAGUUAUACUUUAAUCAUGAAUAUGCGUUCGAUGUUGGUUCCACUUGUCAGCGGUAAAUCCGAUUUCGAUUCGGCCCUCGGUGACCCGCGGCGUCACCGAGGUCCGAGGUAACGUCGGUCAAAACCCUUCGAUCGUCAACGGAGAACUUGUAUAAAUUUUUACUUGUAUCAUAAGUGGCAGUGGAAAAAAAAAGUGUGGUCUCUAAGGUAAUGGGCCCUUCGCGCAAAUGUCAAUUUUCUGGGAGGUCUCGGGAAGGCAGAAGGCCUCUCCGUCUCUGUAUCUUCCUCGCCGUCUUUAUCUAUCUCUAUUUCUCUCUGAGGACGAUUCGCGCCCAUGUCGCUCUCUCUCUCUUUCUCUCUUUCUAUGCUCGGACCUGGCGAGUCGGUACGUACCCUGGAAAAAGGCCGCGACACACGACGUGGACGACCGCGAGACACGUGACUUAUAAGGGGAGGCACCCCAGAAGCGAUGACACGCGAUACGAAUCCAUUAGAGCCCGUGCUACGCGUGUCGUAUUUUAUUUUAUCACGAUUAUUCUCGAAAAAUUUAUCUCGUUUAACAAUCAGCGUGAAAUGAUAGAAACGCGACGUUAUCUCCACCAUCAAAUGCAGAGUAUACUACCGCGUUCGUUCUAAUUAAGUAAGCAAUUGAGAGGAAAACUUUGUUGGGAUGAAGCGUAGUUGUUUUGAGCAGGAAGGAAUUAACGCUGUAGACGCAGUCGGUACCCUGGUGGAAAAAUGUCUCAGCAUUUUUUACAUUAAUUAGAAUUUUUCUAAAAAUUUUCAGACUUUCUCAGAAUGUGCUCGGAAUUUUUCAGAUUUUUUACACAAACUAGAAUGUUUUUCAAAAAAACUUAGAUAAAAUAAUAACAAAAUAUUUCAUAUUUUUCCCACCAACACAUUUUUGUAAAAAUCUGAAUAAAUAUGAGAAAAACUAUAUGCAAUUUAUCGGAAAGUUUUAUACAUAUAAAAUAGAUAAUUCCGAAAAUUCUCAUCCAAUUAUUUUUGAAAGUAUCUGAGAUAUAU